CUGGUUUCGCUGAAGAGUCAUGGCGAAAAAUGGGUUUCCUCUUUUAUUUGCAGUGAUUUCUCUUUUGAAGCAAGGCAUGCCUAAUGGUGGAACAGAUAAAGUGACAGCACCAGUAAUGGAGGGAGAUUCAGUCACUCUUCACACUGGUGUUGAAACAAGUAAGCAAGAGAAGAUAAGAUGGUAUUUUAAUGGUAUUCUCAUCGCUCAGAUCAAUGGAGAUCUCAGUUUUAACUGUACAGAUGUUCUGUGUAAUAAUGGCACUGAGAGAUUCACAAACAGGCUGAAGCUGGACAAUCAGACUGGAUCUCUGACCAUCACAAACAUCAGAAACACAGACGCUGGGAUCUAUAAUCACGAUAUCUUCAAGAUCCCCACCAGGGAAAAUUCCUUUGUGGGUGAUGUUCAUUACGUUGGAGAAUAUAAACUAGUGAUCAUCAGCCCCAGCAGCAGAGUCAGCAUCCAUAGGAGCUUCAGAUUUAAUAUCAAUGAGCAAGAUGUGAAAACUGCAGCAUCAGUGGGCGCCUCAAAUUGUAAAAGAGAAAUAUCAGUUUCUGUAAUUUUGUCGGUGCUGGUCACAGUGGCUCUAAUUGUAGGUGGGAAGUAUGGUCUCAGCUGGAUGUUAAAAAAAAGACAAAAAUAUGGACUGGCAAUUGCAUUGAAGAAGGAGGGACAAUCUGUUAUUCUAGACAAUGAUAUUGAGAUAGAGACAGAUGAUCACCUCCAGUGGUUGUUUGGAGAAGUCACUUUAUUUGAUGAAGGAAACGAUGAGCAAUUAAUAAGCAGACUGAGUCUAGAUCAGACCGGAUCUCUGACCAUCAAUGACCUCAGAACCACAGACUCAGGAUAUUAUAAAUUACUGAUCAACAAAGGAGGAAAAACCACCUCCAAGAGAUUCAAACUCAUUGUCUCUGGCUGCACUGAAGAAGAACCUGAACCAGAUGAGAUCAAAGAUCCUUUGAAGCUUUCCAAAUCUUGAGGAUGAAUCAUAGGAUUAGGAAUCUGGAUGUCAUCCUACAAGUCAGCAUCACUUUGCAUUAGACUUUCUAAUUGAUUACCAAUCUAUAAUAGUCCACUACUUACACCAUGAAUUAUUAUUACUAUCAAGAGUAGUAAUUACUAUCAAGAAUGUAACUUUGGUUUGGAAAGUAAUGGCGGAAAACUUUGUUCAUUUAAAUCCCAUUUAGUGCAUUCACCUGUUUUUAUGGACUAUGGGAGGGGUGGCCAACCCUGUUGCUGGAGAGCCACCUUCCUGCAGAUUUCAGUUGCAACCCAUAUCAAACACACCUGCCUGUAAUUAUCACGUGGUGUUCAGGUCCUAAUUAUUUGGUUCAGGUAUGUUUGAUAUGGGGAAAAAAAACAGGCCGAUUAAACAAAUUUAUUUUUAAACUAUCCUAAAAUUUAACCAAAAAAACUUAAAUUAUGAACUGUGUGUGCUGAAUUCCUUUGUCUGAAAGGAUAUUUUAAACUGCAAUAACUGCUGCUUAUUAAAACUUUGACUGAGUUAUUGAUCACAUCAAAGCACACACACACACACACACACACACACACUCUCUCUGUGGCAAUGAUUUUUAAAAGUGGCUUGACCCCCUUGUCCCCAGUGGAAGUUAUGCACCUGGUUACUAUUAACGAUAUUAUUAUGAUACUGGAACUCGAUACCAAUUGAUACUGAAAUUUUGGCGAGAAAAGGACUUUUUUAUGAUCAGUAUUGAUUAGUACGGUAUUCCAGUAUCUUGCAAACCUAUUUAAUAGUCAUUACUUUGUUUUCAGAUUACUCUUUUAUCUUUUUAUAAAUUUAUAUAGUAUGUGGAUCAGAGAAAGGAGAAUAAGAUGGACUUCUAGAGGGAAUUGAUCUCAGAUUGCUACGACUAGCAACUUUAGUCCAUGAGAUAAAUUACAUGAGAUAAAUUAAAGUCAAUAACUUAAAUUGCAGCAUAGCCUAAAUAACAUAACAUCAUAAUUGUACGUGUAGCACUUGUGCGACAGAUUGAUCCUGCUAACUCACUCACACAUAUAAGGCUCUAUCCCUAGCCCAAUAAGGCACAAGACCUGUUUGCAGCAAUGUGUUGCUGUUUUCAGACCAUCGCAACCCUAAUUUUCCCAUUUUAAGCCACGUUGUUUAUAUAACAAAUCCAUUUAUUCCAGUUUAUUCAUGACAACUUGCUUUUGUAUAAUGUUUUUAUUAUUAGUGGUAUUAUUUAUUAUAUCCAUAUUUAUAUUCGUUUGAAUAAAAACUAGCUUGGAUUUGUCCACCUGUCAGGUUUUAGACCAAAUGGGGAAUAGGACGUGUGUUUGGAUAUAAGUCAGUUUUUUGACCACACUUCAUUAUUAUUGUUCAUUUACUUGUUUGCUGGAAAUUAGAAACUGAAACCGAAAACUGAAUUUAGAAUUAGUUUUGAAACAAAUCUUUCCGCUUAACAAACUAAAUUAAUUAUGUAUAGGCUAAUGGAUGUCUUCAGCGGAGUGAGUUUCCACCGUUACCUUACUCCGUGAAAGAGUGAAAGUGAAAGUAAAGGUCAAUUGAAGGAGGCUCAUUCUUUAUUCUCGCUGCAGAUGCUGUUUAACUAUUUUCUUGCCAGUGACUCAUUCAGUUUUCACACUUACAAAGUCUGUCAUGUAAAUAAAAAAUGUGCCACGGAGUGACGCAACUCACUCUUAAAGGGAAUGGAAGAUAAGACUCUUAUUGGUUUAUUGUUAAUACGCUCCCAUAACUCAUUAAGAGAAUAAGCUCAACCCUGUUAGACCAUGCACCAGGGCACAGAGCAUAUUUUUCCAUGCUUAAAAUAGUAAAAGAGGAUUCAGACAGAAAUGCUCUUAAUGCUUUUGCACCCUGUGCUUCAGACUUUGUGCCUAGAUCAUUACAAUAGAAUCCAAUAUGUUUUAUAUCAUUUAAUUGUCAUGGCAAACUUGACAUCUCUGGCCGUUGUCUUUUAUAAACCCAAAAUGUAAAAAACAAAUUAACUUGAGACUUGCUGCUGCUGCCACAUAGAAGUCACAGGAUGACAGUUUUCAAACCUAUAAAAGUGUGUUUUGUAUUGAUUUGAAAAGGAAAGCAAAAUAUUUAAAAGCAUUCUGUGUUUUGUUUAUUCUAUAUAGCGGGAUUGUGUGUUGUCCAGCUAAUCGUUUAUUUGCAUUUGGCCUACUCCAGUAAAAUUGGGCUUUUUAAAUGGCACAAAUGCAGAUACUAAUAUAAUAUUAUACAGCAUUUACAUUUGGUCAUUUAGCAGACGCUUUUGUCCAAAGUAACUUACAGUUAAGUAGGCAUUCAGUGAUUCAACAAGAGGAGGCAACUCAUGCAAGAAGUGCUAUGAUUAUACAAAGGAACUGUUUUUCUCAGAGAAUUAAGUGUUAGAACAAGGAGGGGAAAAUGUUUUAUAGAGAAAAGAUUUCCUUUAGGUGGUUUGUUAAGCCUACCCACCUGUAUGAAGCACACUUCAUAAACCCACAAUGUUUUUUUGUUUUUUGUUUUUUGCUGAUUGUAAGAAAGUGUCUGAUGCAAAUGUGCAAAACUACACUGUUAACCCUUACUGUAGAUUAUGCAGUAAAUAACUGUAAAAUAGCCAGUGUUUAGCUGUAAUGAAAGGAAACAGUAUUUUACUGUAAAAGAAGCAGGAUUUGUAUGAAAUUCUGUAGUGCAAAGAAUAAAUCACAGUAAUUUACUCUAUGUACCCAUUACAGAUAUUUACUGUGAUAAUAAAUGGUAAAUUACUGAUCAACCA